AUGGCUUCCAUGGAUAAAAAUCCCCCGUCGCAGUAUUUCACCUCACUCUCCCGCAACUAUUCCCGCCAAACAGGCAAUUCGACCCGUGCUAUAUUUGCCUCGUCUCUAGGGCUCAUCGUACCGUCUAUCACCUCGUCUUCAGUCGUCCAUGACAACGCUGGCGGUGUUGGCACUGCCACUUCGGUCAUCCUUGACAGUCUCGACCAGAAUGAGCUUCCCGAAGUGUUGAUCACCGACAAUAACCCGGGCAUGGUUGCCGCCGCGACUGAUACAUUCAAAGACAUGAAUACCAGGAUCACAGCCACUGUGAUGGACUCUCACGACCUCACCAGCAUCCCAGAUGCAAAGUUUACCCACUCCAUUCUCAAUUUCUCGGUGUUUCUCUUCCCAGAUGCCCUUAAAGCACUUCGCGAGAUCCAUCGCACCCUUCAACCCGACGGGGUUGCCGCCCUGCUCACGUGGAAGCGAUUCGGAUUCGCGUCUGUUAUACAUGUCGCGCAGAGUCUCGUCCGCCCUGAUCUACCUCCUAUGCCUCUCCCCGGUUCGCAUUUCUAUAAUGAAGGUGUUCUGGCCAAACUUGUUAUUGAGGCCGGGUUUAACAAAGCAAGGGUGGAAGUGGUGCAGAAGGAUACCGUACGGACGGGUGAGGACCUCGAAGGAAUGAAGGAGUUUAUGUUGGCCGAUCUCUCGAAUAUGGCAACAAAAGAUUGGACCCCCGAGGAAAAGAAAAGAUGGCCUGCAGCUAUCGAAGAGGCCAUCGAGAGAGAGGUUCAGCAAUAUGGCGGCAUUUGGUUUGAGGCUUGGAUUGUAAUUGCACAGAAGUAA